AAACUCAUAGUAUCAUUACUUUGCCAGGUCCGGUGCCGUUCCGAUCGGUGAUGCACCAAUAAGCGCCUCUGGAGUCUGUUCUAUAACUGACUUUGGUUAUCUGCCUCAUAUUCCCUCAGCUCCUUCCAUGGUGUCGAACAACCAAACAUUUCACGCCGCCAUCGAAACCAUCCCAUGCAACGGUUAUGGAAGCCUUUCUUCAAAAUACGCUCCCGAAGAGCCGGGAGCAGUUGGCAGCGACUCCUUCUCAGGCUAUGCGCCUGCUCCGUCUCCGUCGAAUUCUUCGCCAGCAAUCUUCGUGCCUCCACCCUAUGCUCCUUAUCCUGUGAGUGCUGAACAACCAUCGACAAGCUCAACAUCGCAGGCUGUUCCGGUAGAAAAUGGUACUUCGCAACUCGUGAAAGGUUCAGAAGGACUUACUCGCGACAAUUCUUUGUCUCCGGAGACUAACCAUAAAACGCCUAUUGCCAAGAAGAUCAAAGCUCUUCCUCUGCCAAAGGUUCCUUUAAUCCAUCCCGCGAAAUCAAAGUCAGAGAAGUUCAAGGAAUAUGUUGGUGAAGUUGCUCGUCUUAAUGAAGAGAUAGAGCGAUUACAGAAGCUGCAGGAGCAGGUACUAAAUUGUUUUCAAUCGCGUACUUGA